AUGACCUAUAGGAAUUUCACGCCGCUGACAACACUGCGAUCUGAAAUCCUGAUUCAGAUUCAUGACAACAAGUACGUCAGGUGGCCUGAGAAGAUGAAGACUCAGAGCAACAAGAGGAACCGAGACAAGUACUAUGAGUUCCAUCAAGACCACGACCAUGAGAUCGACAACUGUCAUGACCUGAAGCAACACCUCAAGGACCUGAUCCAACAUGGCUACCUUGGGGGCUUCAUUGACAUAAAAAUAGACAAGUCAAAGGAGGAACUGCGCCCCAGACCCCUAGGCCAAGCUCCCCCAGCCGAAGUCAUCAUUAUGAUAUCAGGAGGGAUGGCCUUCGGAGGGAAGAGCAGCUCGGGCCGAAAGGCAUAUGUGCGGUUGCUCGAGAUUGAUGAUAGAGAGCAGAAGAGAAGGAGAGAAGACCCAAUCACCUUCACCGACGACGAUCUCAGGGGGGUCCAGACCUCGCACAACAAUGCCCUGGUGAUCACGGCCGAGAUAGCCAACUUCAAAGUUCGGCGCAUCCUGGUAGACAUAGGGAGUUCAGACGACAUUUUAUUCGAAGAUGCGUUUGAACAACUCAGCAACAGCAAGGACUGCCUUACUCUAGUCAACACUCCUCUGAUGGGUUUCUUCGGGGAGUCACUCAUGCCCAAGGGGAAGAUUUUACUGCCCUUGCUAAUCGAAAAUGGUGAGAUAACCUCUAUUGCAAUGUUGGACUUCUUUGUCAUCCACUGUCUUUCAUCCUACAAUGCCAUCCUCGACUAG